GUGGGAGGACUCGGCCAAUCGCAUGCGAGACAAGGCCCCCAAGGGGUGGUGGACGGGUUACAUUUUGCGGGUUACCACACACCGCUGGUUCAACAGGACCGUUACGAACCGUAUCCAAUGGUGGCAUUGGAUGACCGUGAUUGCGCCGGACGACAUGCAGAACGCGCACAAGGGGCUCGUGCUAUUGGUGAUCGGGUCGGGGUGGUCGCAGUUCCACUACCACCACGUGCCAGACAAGCACGAGAUGUUCACCGCUGCCUUCGCCCCCCUGGUAGUGGAGAUGGGGAUUCUGGGAGCAGUGCUGCAUCAGCAGCCAAUGGAGCCGAUAUCAUUCUAUGUGGGGCCUAACGGGCCGGGCAAGUUUGAAGAGCUGGAAGAGGACGAGCUCAUGGCGUUCUCCUUUGCAAUGGCGUUGAAGCAUCCGGAUGAGAUAGAGUGGCAGCUCUCAAUGCCCAUGGCCAAGUCCAUCGUCAGGGGAAUGGAUGCGCUGCAGCUCGCCUCCCGAGAGAUCUUCCCCCACCUACCGGUGGAAGGCUUUGUGCUCAUGGGAGUGAGCAAGAGAGGACUGAUGGCAUGGCUGACGGCAGCCAUGGAUAAGAGGGUGGUGGGCAUAGUGGCGUAUGGCUUUGACCUGCUUGACUUUGGACGCAACUUCCAGCACCUGCAUGACUCGCUGGGCGCGUGGCCGGUCAUUCUCAAGUUCUAUGCCAUCUUCAAUGUCACCUCCCAGCUGCAGUCGCCCCAGUUCCAGCGGCUCACUGAGGACACAGACCCAUACUACUACAGGGAGCGCCUCACCAUGCCCAAGCUGCUCGUCAGUGCAGCCAACGAUGAAGUGCUGGCUCUCGAUGACACGUACAUCUGGUGGAACGACUUGCCCGAGCCGAAGCUGCUCAAGAUAAUGGCCAACUCGGAGCACAUGCAGAUCCACGUCAACCAAUGGGCCAACCAAGCAACCCUCUCCUUCCUCGCCUCUCUCCUGCACGUCAACUCCUCCUGCGCCUCUCUCCCCGCCUCCUCCCGCCCCUCCCUCACCUGGACGCGCCCCUCCAACGCCGCCCCCUCUCCCCGUCGCCGCAAACGCUUUGACAAAACGGAGGGCACGGGGCUGUUUGCCCGGGAGGAAAGGGAAACGGCAGAGGCUCAGACAGGAGAAGGGGAGAUGGCAGGGUCAGAAGGAGACGCGCUGAUCAAUCAGAGGCAGCCAGCACAUCCCUGGAGCUGCGUGCCUGAGGUGCCAGCUGUCGACUGGCCACGGCUGAGGUGGCGGUUUGAUUGGCCCACGUUCACCAUUCAUGCCACGUCAGACAGGAAGCCACUGGCGGUUAGAGCAUGGACUGGCCGCACAGCCAGCGAGCGGCGAGACUUCCGCUUCGUGCUGCAGCGAGGCUCCAAGGGGUGCCCAAUCCCUCUUUCCUCUGCGCCUGCUUCCCUCUCUCCCUUCAUCCCCCCAACCCUCUCAACACCACGUUCCCCAUCUCACCCUCUCCUCCUCCCUCCCACUGCUGGCAGCAUGAUGCCAUCGGUACCGGCCAUGUAUGCAGGCAAGUCCGACCUGUGUGUGCAGGCCACGUCCUUUUUCCUCUGCACCUGCUGA